AUGGGUGAUGGUGGAUUUGCAGGGCGCAGAGAUGCCAGGAAGGCUGCCAAGAAUGGCGAGAACAGCCAAGGCGGCGAAAUUGACAAGAACCAAGCCAAGGAGGCCGAAGACCUGCCUCCUGUGCCAUACCUGAGCCUGUAUCGCUACGCCGAUGGCUUUGACUGGUUUCUUGUUAUCACGGGAUCCAUUUGCGCACUGAUCCACGGCGCCCUGUCCCCGACAUUCGUGGUGUUCAUGGGCGAUGUCAUUGACAGCUUCAGCGCAACCGCAGAUCAGAGCAAGCUGCUGGACAGCGUGGGCGACACAGCGAAGAUCAUUUUGUACCUGGCGUGUGCUGGCGCAGUGACGGCGUACGUGCAAGUGGCGGCGUUCACGCUGGCCGCUGAGCGCCAGAGCCUGCGCAUCCGCAAGCUGUACUUCAAGGCCCUGGUGCGCCAGGAGAUGGCCUGGUAUGACCAGCAGAAGACCGGCGCCCUCUCCUCCCGCAUCUCCAGCGACGUUCCCCAGAUCCAAGAGGCGCUAGGUGACAAGGUCGCCAGCUUCCUCCAGUUCCUCGGCAUGUUCCUCGCUGGAUACGUUGUAGGCUUUGUGUAUGGCUGGAAACUGACGCUGGUCACCACGGGCAUGGUCCCUCUCAUCGCCAUUGGCUCGGCAAUCAUGGGCAAGUACAUUGCACAGGCGUCCUCGGGCGGGCAGGGCUUCUACGCAGCGGCGGGCAGCGUUGCAGAUGAAGUGAUUCGCAUGAUCCGCACCGUCAUUGCCUUUGACACGCAGGACCGCGAGGUGGAGCGCUACCACAAGGAGCUCGAGGGCGCACGCAAGGCCGGCGAGCGCGGUGGUCUCAUCCAGGGCUGUGGCAUGGGCUUCACGUUUAUGAUGAUCUACUUGACCUACGCCGUGACGUUCUGGUUUGGGUCAUACCUUGUUGGGGAGGGCGACUUGACGGCUGGGCAGGUGUUGACGGUGUUCUUCUCAGUCAUCAUCGCAGCCACCUCGAUUGGCCAGGCAACGCCCAACAUCAAGGUGAUGGCUGCUGGCCGCGGUGCUGCGCGCGCCAUCUUCGACAUCAUCGACCGCCCGUCCGAGAUUGACUCGCUGUCCGAGGAAGGCACUGUGCCCUCCAAACUCACGGGCCACAUCCGCUUCAAGGACGUCGACUUCACCUACCCGACCCGCCCUGACGAGCAGAUCCUGCACAAGCUCAACAUCGAGGUGAAGCCGCAGGAGACGGUGGCGCUGGUCGGCGCGUCCGGCUGCGGAAAGUCCACGACCGUCGCCAUGCUGGAGCGCUUCUACGACCCGACGGCAGGCAGCAUUGAGCUCGACGGAACAGACAUCCGCAAGCUCAACAUCCAGUGGCUGCGGUCACAGAUUGGCCUGGUGAGCCAGACCCCGGUGCUGUUCCCCACCACCAUCGCAGACAACAUUGCGCUUGGCAAGGACGAUGCAACAGAGCACGAGGUCCACAGCGCCGCAAGGAUGGCGAAUGCGCACGACUUCAUCAUGGCGCUGCCUGACGGAUACAACACCAUGGUCGGCGACUCCGGCACACAGCUCUCCGGCGGACAGCGGCAACGCAUUGCCAUUGCUCGCGCUCUCAUCAAAGCCCCAAACAUCCUCCUCCUCGACGAAGCAACCAGCGCGCUGGACAACGAGAGCGAGGCGAUUGUGAAGGAGGCGCUUGACCGGGCAUCGACCGGCCGCACCACCAUCAUGAUUGCGCACCGCCUGUCCACGGUGUUCUCUGCAGACAAGAUUGUAGUGAUUGACCACGGGCGUGUGGUGGAGGCUGGCUCGCCGCAGGAGCUGCUUGACCAGCAGGGCGCCUUCUACCGCAUGGUGCAGGCACAGCACGGCCACAGCGGCGACGACAACGGCAGCAGCGCCAACAAGAACGCAAACCUGCGUGGUCGCAUGUCCCUCGACGCGGGCAAGGCGGCCAGCAAGCUGCUGACAGAAGAGCUCGACAUGAGCGACAGCAGCAAACCAGCGGCGCUGGCAAAUGCGUCAUCGUCGCUCUCCUCAGCACAGAACACCAAGGCGGUGGAGGUGAAGCUGACGGCGGACAUGGACGAGUCCGGUGACAACGACAGCGAGGAGGCGCCAAAGGUUGACCGCAGCAUGGUGGGCUGGGCCUUUGAGCUGAACCGGAAGGAGCUGCCACAACUGCUGUCCGGGAGCACGUGCGCAGCGCUGGAGGGCCUGUUGUCCGCAGCCAACGCCGUGCUGCUGGCAGAGCUGGUUGGCGUGCUCAACGACGACAACAGUCAGAAGCGCGUGAAUGCGUUUGCGGGCGCCUUUGUUGGCAUGGCUGUGCUGAUGUUCUUCGUGCAAGUGGGCAAGUUCCACUUUCUGGCGAUUGCCGGUGAGCGGCUGACGAUGCGGUUGCGCGACAUGGUGUUCCGAGUGAUGGUGAGCAAGUCUGCCGGGUGGUACGAUGACCCGCGCCACUCCCGCGGCAUUCUCACCACGCGCCUGUCGUCCGACGCCUCUGCUGUUCGCGGCGCUCUCGGCGACCAGCUCGGCGUUGCCGUCCGCAUUGCAUUCACAGUGAUUGGGUGCAUGACGGCUGCCUGUAUCUACUGCUGGCGCGUCGCACUCGUCGUCCUCGCCACAUUUCCCGUCACCGCAUUUGCAAGCGUGAUGAAGUACAAGAUGAUCAGUGGCUUCUCAACGGGCAAGGCCUUUGAGCGCUCUGGGAAGUUUGCCAGUCUCGCUGUCGAGGAAGUUCGCACCGUCGCCUCCCUUGGUCGACUGGACACAUUUGUGCAGGACUACUUUGACACGCUCGUGCUCCCUAGUGCUGUGAUGAAGAAGACAGCCCAGAUUCAGGGCCUUGCAUUCGGCUUUGCUCAAUUCUGCAUGUUUGCCGUGUGGGCGCUCGCCUUCUGGUACGGCAGCGAGGUCGUUGACGACGGCUUCUGCGGUUUCAGAGAAAUGUUCACCGCUCAAAUGUCCAUCAUCUUCAUGGGCAUUUUUGCCGGUCAAGCCACCACGCUUGCUCCUGAUGUCGUCAAGGCAAAGCAAGCGGCUGGUCGCCUGUACACGAUGAUCGAGACGCACAAGGAGGAGCAAGAGGCCGAGGCGGAGAAGAAGUACGUGCGGCCCGAGAUUACGGGUCGCGUUGAGUUCAAGGACGUCGACUUUGUGUACCCGACGCGCCCCGAUGCGCAGGUGCUGUCCAAGCUGAACCUCUCGGUGGAGCCCGGCAAGACGAUUGCCCUGGUCGGCCAGAGCGGGUGUGGCAAGAGUACGAUGAUUUCGCUGAUUGAGCGGUUCUACUCGCCCGUUGGCGGCAAGAUCCUGGUGGACGGCGUGGACGCGGAGAAGAUUGACCCGGGCCACCUCAGGAAACACAUUGCCCUCGUCACCCAGCAGGGACCCCAUUGA